UCGAUUCAGUACUUACGAAAGGAGAAGAGAAAACGAGCAGAAGAAUACCAGCAUCGAUCAUAUUAGAAAGCUAGUUUCCAUACCGACAAGAUGAGAGUACUGAUCAUUGUAGCCGUUUUCAGCGUUAUCGCACUCGCUGCCGCCAAGCCAAACAAACCACGUGACGGCAGACCACGUGGGUUUGGACGAGGAUCGGGAAGAUUUCCUAAACUCAACUGUGAUAAUGUCGGUGAAGUGGAUUGUAGCGCGCUCAAAGAGAAACAGCUAUGUGACGAGAACGGAGAACAAUACAGAAACUAUUGUGCCUAUCUUGAGAAGAACUGCCCUCUUUCGGAGUCUGCAGAAAAGCCUUUCCGUUGCAACGCUGAUGGAAGUCCCCUAGCUAGAGAGGAACGCCCAGACAGACGGCCAGAUCGUAGACCAUUUUUCCCGAACAAGAGGGAAUUGUGUGUUCUGAUCAAGAAUGCCGACUGCUCCGACCCUGCUCUUCCCGCCAGGAAGAUUUGUGACAACAUGGGAGGUGUCUAUAAUAAUAUUUGCGAGUUCCUGCAAGCCAAAUGUGCCACACCGGAACUGAGGCCAGCUGAAUGUCCAGAGCCAACCACAGAGUCCCCUGACGUCACACAGUCUCCUGGAGAUGAGACCACUGAAGAUUCCCAAGUGCCAUAAGCUGUACACACACGACGGCAUUUUGGAUACAUCUGCUUGACUGAAUUCGCGUUCAUUUCACGGAGCUGAUGACGUCACUUGUGUUUGAUGUAUGAAAAAUGGAGCUGAUAGACCAAAGUCCUACGGUUAAAUGAAACCAGUCACUCAUUUUUCCUUUUUCACUUGUCUGUUUUAAGCAUGAAAUUUGAAACAUGACUGAUAACAUUUAAUACCUGCUUUGCUGAAGAUUCGUUAUCCCUAAAAAUUUGCAUCCAAUUUUGUUUUCACUUCUAUUAGUGUCAUAUUGUAUUAUCUGUAUGAUUUUUGAGCGACGUGCCCAAAUUCAAAGUGCAGGUCACUUUUUGUAAUUGAUAACAUAAACGUGUUAUGUAAACGUGUAAGCAAAGAAAUAAUAAAGAUAGAUUCAUUGAAUUUAUAA